CACUUGCCACGAUCACACACACCCACCCUCUCUCUCCCUCGACACAAUAAGUCUUUCUCACAACCUCACUACCUGUUUCCGCAACAGAAGAAGAGCACCACCACCCACAAGAACCUCGCACAAACCAUCCACUCCCCAUCCCAAGAUGGCCGGUGUCGGGAAAGUCCCUUCCAAAAAUGCACGUCGAUCCGUGCUCGUGGCCGUCACCGUCCUCCUCCUCCUCGCCGGCGUCACGGCCCUUAUCGUCUACCUUGUCAACCGCCCCGAGCGGCCCCGCUUCUCCGUUGUUGGCACCGCCGUGUACGACCUCAACGCCACGUCCCCGUCCGUCAUCUCCACCACCAUGCAGUUCACGCUCCUCAUCAGGAACCCCAACCGGCGGGUCUCCAUCUACUACGACCGCCUCUCGGCCUUCGUCUCGUACCGGAACCAGGCGAUAACCCCGCCGGCGUCGCUGCCAUCGCUCUUCCUCGAGACGCGGAGCACGGUGGAGAUGUCCCCUGUGCUGGGCGGGGCGGCGGUGCCCGUGGCACCGGAGGUGGGGAACGGGUUGGAGGUGGACGAGGCGUACGGGGUGGUGGGGCUGAGGGUGAUGGUGUUGGGGAGGUUGAGAUACAAGGCGGGUGCGAUAAGGACGGGGCAUUACGGGUUUUACGUGAGGUGCGAUGUGUUGGUGGGUUUGAAGAAGGGCUUCGAGGGUCAAGUGCCUCUGCUGGCCUCUCCUCCAUGCAAAGUUGAUGUGUAGAAGUGCGAUUGUACGUGAAAAAGUCGAUAAACUAGGCCUUGCUUGUAAUUAAGUUUUUACAAGCUUGCUUGCUUCUUCCUCUUUUGUUAAACUAUGUUAAGCAAAAAAUAUACGUUGCAGCAUAACUUUACCCUUUGAAUG